AUGACGCCAAAGACUCCGCCUCGCGGUCUCUUCGUCGCGAAUGAGUCUCCCUCUGGCUCCCCAACCAGCAGCAUGGCCUCAACAAAGAGUUACAUCCGGGAUUGGAUCUCCCGAACGCCAUCCUUGCUCCGGCGUUUCUCUGCACCCUCUCGGAAGGCCGCUGCGCAGCCGACUGCUAUGCCCUCACCGACUAUAAACCCCACCCAGCAGUCGCUGACGAUGCUGGAGAUCGCGGAACCCAACAGUGUGAAGAUUGUGUCCAGGGCAAAAGCCGCUUGGGUCAUCAGUAUCCUGACUGGUGUUACUUUUGUUGGCAACAUGAGCACCGGGCUUGUAACGAUAUCCUUGCCCACGAUUGCACGGGAUCUAGGACUGGCGCCGCAUUUGCUCUUGUGCAUCCUGACGAACAACUUCAUCGCGGGACGCCAGCGCAAUGUUGGCUUCGCCUGUGUCGGUCUCAGCCAGCCCCUAGGUUUUUCUUUUGGGUUGAUUCUCGGUGGCGUUGUCGUAGACACGUACUUAACCUGGCGUUUUGCCUUUUACUUCACAGCCGGUCUGAUGGGGCUGCUGUUUUUGGUGAGCAUCUGGCUUCUGCCGCAGGACACCCCUCGAGAGAAGUUCACCUGGCCACGAUUCAUACGUGAAAUUGACUGGAUUGGCGCCUGCCUCAUAUCGGCAGCACUGGGUAUCACGUCCUAUGUCCUUGCGGUCAUCACCGGCAACAUGGCCAAGGCCAAGAAUGCCGAGAACAUUGCCAUGCUAUGCAUUGCUGGCACAUCCGCCAUCUCUUUUGGAUUCUGGAUGCAUUUCCGCGAGAAAUCGGGUCGCAUCGCUCUGAUACCGAACUCACUGUGGCGCAAGAGAGCGUUCACCACCAUCUGUCUCCUUGUCUUUCUCACGUACGCUGUGCUCAACGGCGUAGAAUACUUCCUUAGUCUGUUCUUCCAAGAGGUCCAGCUGCUGUCUGCGCUCGACGCGGCCAUUCGCUUCUUCCCCGAGGUGGUCGUCGGCAUCCUACUCAACCUGUUCACAGGACUUUUUGUUCAUAAGAUCAACGCCAAUCAUCUCAUUACGGUCUCGGCAGCCUUGACAUGCGUUGCACCGCUCAUAAUGGCCCUCAUCGAUCCGGCCUGGAACUUCUGGGUCGCUGCAUUCUGGGCUGCACUCUUAUGCCCCUUCAGCGUCGAUGUCAUUUUUACGGUCGCCAAUCUCAUCAUUACGGAUGCAUUCUCUGAGGGCACACAAGCACUGGCAGGUGCUGUCUUUAGUACAGUCGCUCAGUUCGGGCAUUCGGUUGGCUUGAUGGUCAUGGCAGUCACCUCGAACAGAGUUACAGCAAAGUCUUCCAUCGAGAAUAAGGAGUCGCCUGAAGCUAUCAUGGAAGGAUACCGAGUGGUCUUUUGGCUUUGUUUCGGGAUGCAGUUGCUGGCCUGCUUUGUUAGUGUCUGGGGACUUAGGGGCGUUGGCAAAGUUGGUCUGAAGCGGGAGUAG